AUGGCCUCCCUUCCCUUCUUCGCAUUUAUCCUUGCCGUUUUCCUUCUCCCCACUACUGUCCAUGCCGACCGCUUCAACACCACCGCCCAACGCUGGGCAUGGAUGACAGGCACGCCGAACGAGCUCCGGUUGGCCGCCCGCCGGCAAAAGCUUCGCAUCACAGAUCUCGAGCUUAUUGGCCGCAACCCUAUCACUUAUGCCGCUGUCAUGGUCGACAACAGCGGUGCAAACGCCAUCCGCUGGUAUUUGUACACGGACCUCCGCCUUAACCAGCUUCUCCGGGCUAGCCGGAAAGACAGUUCCAGACUCAUAGAGUUGGAGUCUUACUUUCUAAGCACUGCGCCCGGUGCGCAGCAACUGUUUUCUGCAGUUGGUAUUCCCAAUGUCGGUCCAAGGUUUUCGACGUUGUGGGGAUACUCCCUGAACUAUGACGCUAGACAGAUCAAACCUAGAUUGCGGAACGGGUUUUUUAAGAUUGUCGACAUCGAUACGUUCUCCAUUUUCGGAAGGAAUUUUUACAGCUUUCUUACUGUGGAGAAUGCCCGGAUGAACAAGGCUGUUUCAAGGUUCUUGUUGCAUACCACGCCAGAGGCUAUUAUGAAGAAGGCAAAGCAAACAAACUCCAGAGUUAUUGAUACCGAGAGACACUUUGACGGAAAGUAUACGGCUGUCAUGGAGGUUAUGAAAAAACCAGUGAAAUGGUUUUGGAUUCGUGGAGUCCUCGCUUCGAGUAUCGAUGGUUUAGCACAAGCCAAUAUGGCAAGAGUCUAUGACCUGGAAGCUUAUGAAGAUGGGCCGCUGUUCAAGUAUGAUGUGCUUCUCAUAAGGAACGAAUUGUAGUUUAGUAACGAUACGUCGAUAAGAGUAUAGUACAAUUUCUACAAAAAGGAUGUUUCCAUCUGCAAGAACCAUUAUCCCGAACUGCUGUAAACUACUAACAGCCAU